GGCUAAUUUUGGCUGGGGUCUGACUCCCUUGCUCCCCAUUUCAAAAAUACAGCAGCACUCACUCACUCACUAGGCUAGGGUUUCAUUACCUUAAUAAAGAAAGAAGAUUGAUUGAUUAAGUAAUGGAGUUUUUAAAAAUGAAAAGGUUGAGAAAAUUAGCCCUAAACAAGAAGCCAAAAUCCCCUCCUGAGCCUCCGACGACGGUGGUCGAAGAAGAACCCAAAGAGGCCGUUGCUUCUUCUUCUUCUACUACUACAACAGAGGACGACGACGAGGAAGAUGACGAUGAUUUUAUCAUGAAUGAAGUUAAGAGGCGGUUGAAAGAACUUAAAAGAAACAGCUUUAUGGUGUUGAUACCUGAAGAAGAAACAACUUGUCCUGAAGAAGAACAAGAAGAAGAAGAAACAACUUGUUCUACCGACUGGAGAGACGUUGAAGCAGAAGCUCGGCAUUUGUGGUCUUGUUUUGGUGCCUUUUAUGAUACGUAUUGCGAUCGUAUGCUCUUCUUUGAUCGUCUUGCUACACAGCUCCUCAAAGAUAUAGGCUUACGCAAUCCCUCGACUCCAUCCCCAAGGUCGGUAUCCAAGAAGCUCACAUCCCCCCUUCGAUGUCUGUCAUUGAAGAAAAUCCAACAUCCUGAUGAAGAUGACACAGAGAACCUGCAGCAACCAGACAACGAUCCAUAUUUACAUCUCGAGACAUUAUAUGUAUCUCAAUUGUGCUUGACUUGGGAGGCACUCCACUGCCAAUACACCCAACUAACCCAACAAAUCACAUCUCACUCUGAUAUAUCCAUGUGUUACAAUCAUAGUGCUCAGCAGUUCCAGCAGUUUCAGGUUUUGUUGCAACGCUUUAUUGAAAAUGAACCUUUCCAGCGUGGUCUUAGGCCUGAAAUUUAUGCUCACACCAGAAAUUCUUUCUCCAAACUUCUGCAGGUUCCAAAUAUAUUAGGUCAAGAUAGGAAAGAGAUGACAGAAGAGGAAUCGGAAACGCUGGUACAUGCUACAGAUCUUAUUAGAAUUAUUGAGAGCUCAAUAUUAACUUUCCAAAUAUUCAUAAAGAUGGACAAGAACAAGUCAAAUGGUGUUCGGAAUCUAUUUGGAGGUCACAACCAGAUGCUUACCCCACUUCAACAGGUUCAAUCUUCUCUGGAGAAGAAGAAAGUAAGGUUGAAGGAGAUGUGGAACAAGAGAAAAACUGGCAAAAAAAAUCUAUGGCCUGCAACACAAGAGGAGGUGGAAUUGUUACUCGGGCUUAUAGAUGUAAAGGUGAUAAGCAGGGUUCUCAGGAUGGUAAAGAUUAGCAAAGAGCAAUUGUUUUGGAGUGAAGAGAAGAUGAAGAAACUAGAUUUAUCAGCAACAGGAAAACUCCAAAGGGAUCCAUCUCCCAUUCUUUUCCCUUAUUGAGAAUGGCGGCAUAUCUCGGGUUUAAACAAUUAGUCAAGUAUCACUAGUAUUCAAAGGAAUGGAUUAUGUAGUUGUAGUGAGUAAUUUUUUUAAGAAACAUUGUAAAUUCAACUUUCAGACAUUUUGUUUUUCGAAUGACCUAUGGUGGGAUAUCCUUAGACUUUUA